GAACUUCUUCUUCUGUUUCUGCUUCUGCUUCUGCCUGCCUCUCUGAUUGUUUGAGUGAAGGAAUCUGUCUGCGUUUCUCUGUUUUUUCCUCUACUUCUCCGCCCUUCCUAUAAUCCUCCUAGUCUAACAUAAAAGGAAGAUAUAUAGAAUAGAAGAGCAGCAUCACCCACCCACUUCGUGUACUAAUAACAUACGAAGCUGAGAGUCCCAUCGGAUCGGCGAAAGAGGGAGCAGAGACUUCUAUCGUCACUGUCGUUCUCUCAAGUGGUUUCUUCUUUCUCAUUAUUACUUAUUCCACGGUGAGAAGCUGAAGUACUGGGUGCUUUUUCCAUCUGUGUUUUUUUCGUUUAUCUUCAUUAGUUUCCUGGUUUAAAUAAAAAAAAAAGAAAAGAAAAUGGAGGGAUAUCCAAGGAAUGGAGAGGUAUGUCCGCAGUUGCUUGAUUUAAUUCCGGAUGAAAGAGAGUGGGUAGCGAGAAGAGACGAGGGAAACUAUGGAGUUUCAGAUGAUAAAAAGCUAGAACUCAGGCUUGGACUCCCUGGAGUAGAUUGGUUUACCAAAGAAAGCAACAGGAGCAACGGUAACGAGAGGGAGGAAUCGCUUCUCUCUCUUGGUUGUUUUUCUUCUAUAAUUUCUAUGACCCCCAACGACAGUAAUAACAGUAGCAGCGGCAGCAACACCAGCAACAACAACGUUUCUCAUGUCGCAAAGAGAGGAUUUUUAGAUACGGUUGAAGAAAAAGCAGAAGAAACAUGGGGGGGAAACAAGGGGAACCCAAGCGAGAAGCUUUCAUUUUCUGAAAAAUCAGCUGGCGGUCUUUUUUCUUCUCCAUGGUCUUCUGGUUCUUCCCCCACUCCAUCUAAUCUGGCUUUCCAGAUGAAUACUCAACAACAACAACAACAGCAGCAGCUAAAGCCUUCGUUUCUUCAGUUGCCGAUCCCGCAAGGCUUGCCCGUUAUGACAAAGGAAUCUCCGCAGGCUUGUAGCACAAAAGUGGCGGAGUUGCAGAACCCAGAGAUGAAGGCAUGUUCGCCAGCUUCUGCAAAUACAGCUGUUCCCAACAGCUCUCAGAAAAGCAGAAUCGCUCCAUCUCCCGUUGUGGGGUGGCCUCCUGUUCGAUCAUUCCGGAAAAACCUUGCAAACAGUAGCUCUUCAAAGCCACCACCUCCUGAAACGCACAAGGUUUUACCAGCUGAGGUGACCACCGGAAAGCCUAGAGAUAGCAAGAAUUUGUUUGUGAAGAUCAACAUGGAUGGAGUUCCUAUCGGCAGAAAAGUGGAUCUUAAAGCCUAUGAUAGCUAUGAAAAGCUCUCCUCUGCGGUAGAUGAACUCUUUAGAGGCCUUCUUGCAGCUCAAAGAGAUUCUUCAGUUGUUGGAAAUAAAAACAAGACGGAAGAGGAGAAGGCAAUUACAGGAUUAUUAGACGGUAGUGGGGAAUAUACUCUUGUUUACGAGGAUAACGAAGGAGACAGGAUGCUGGUUGGAGAUGUCCCAUGGCAUAUGUUCGUAUCAACGGUGAAGAGGCUGCGUGUGUUGAAGAGCUCUGAACUUCCCGCAUUACACAUUGGCAGCACUGUGCGAGGAAAGACUCCAUUAAUUGGCAGCACUGGAGUAAGGUGAACAAAGAGUUGUUCUAUGGAGACUCCAUUAAUUUGGUUUCAAAAUGUGCCUUUCCUUUUUUUUUUCUUUUUUGCAGUAUUAAUUAGUGCUUGUAUUCUGUGGGGGAUGGACUCUCUCUCUCUAGCUCGCUCGCUCACAUUUUUUGUUUUCUCGCAAUUUGCUACUGCACUGCUAGCUGUUUGUCGUUUGUACAAAAGAAAAGGCAGCUCGAUGGGUUAUAUAUAUAAGCAAGCACUGAUGAGUUUACAAA